AUGUGGAAGAUCACAGUGUUUUUGAGCAUAUUGUGGGCUCUGAGCUUACUUUAUGGAGAGUGGUUUGCAUUUUUAAUGCCUUCUCUUUGGAGCUGUUCUUGGCCUCAUCUUCAUCGCCAAUCUUCUUUGAUGAAUGGAGUUGAUUAUUCAAGUAAUUACGUGAAAGUUGCAGUUAUUACAGACCCUCAGCUUAUGGAUAGAACCUCUCUUCGUCUUCCUCCGAAAUCACUUGCGCUAGAGUUAGCUCAAUUCUAUACAGAUGUAUACAUGCGCAGAGCAUUCUUGUCAUCCAUAUUACCCUUCAAUCCUGAUAUCGUUUUGUUUUUAGGCGAUUAUUUUGAUGGGGGGCCCAUUCUGUCCAAUGAGGAAUGGCAGGAAUCUUGGGGCCGUUUUAGACAUAUUUUUGACCUAAAUAUGCUUCAGCAAAGUGCAAAUGUCAAAGUAUAUUACCUUGAUGGAAAUCAUGAUAUUGGCUAUGCUGCUUUCAACUCCCGAAUGCCUGAGGUUACCAGACGCUAUGAGAAAGAAUUUGGUGCAAGGAACUAUAGGUUUACACUUGGAAGAGUGAAUUUCAUUGCCGUUGAUGCACAAACAUUGGAUGGGAAUCAACAAAGUAACAUAACCUCUGCCACCUGGAAUUUUGUCAGAAAUGUGUCUAAAGAUGUUGAUUCCACCCCACGGGUUCUAUUGACUCAUAUCCCUCUGUAUCGCCCGGAUUCCACAUCAUGUGGCCCACAUCGUUCUUCACCUAUCAUCAAUCAGAGGAUUUCCCGCUCUGCUCAUGAUCAAGAUAUACUGUACCAAAAUUACGUCACAGAAAAAUCUACAGAUGAAUUACUGGACCUCAUCAGACCUGUGCUAGUCUUAUCUGGUCAUGAUCAUGAUCAAUGUACAAUUACCCACAUGUCUAAGUAUGGUGCAGUGAGUGAGCAUACUGUAGGAACUGUAAGCUGGCAGCAAGGGAAUUUGUAUCCUUCUUUCAUGCUGUUAUCUGCCAUUAAUUUCACCUUACCAGAUGGAUCCAGUGCAGAAGAUACCAUAUCCACUCAUCUGUGCUUUCUUCCUGUGCAAUUGUUCAUCUACAUAUGGUACUUAUCUCUAUUUGCAAUGACGCUUAUUAUCCUUCUUUGGCCUGCAAAUGAAGUGUUCAUUUUCCGGAAGUUUGGUGAAUUGACUGGGUAUAUCAGAAGUCUAAUUAACUUUAGCAGCUUUAGAAAUGGCAUGAAAGAAAAAAACGAAGAUGAGAAUUGUGAGUAUGAGACGAUUUGGGAUGCAGAAGGAAAUAUGCACCUUAUUAGAAAAGCCUCUCAAGCCCCAAAAACAUAUUCAGACGAGAGGAUCUUGACCGAACGGGGCAAUGCAGUGAUGCGAUCAAAAGCUAGGAAACAGAUAGCGCAAGAAUUGGAUCCAUCGACUCCUUCAGACGUGAAUAUACACGUGGGGAUCGAUAAUUUGGUGAAAUUACCGACUAGAACAACCAAAUUAACUGCAAAAAUGGUGGUCUGGAGAUUACUGCGGGCUUUCCAAGCAAUUACGAUCAUUGCUGCUGUUAAUGUCCCUCUCUACGUGUUGCUGCUUUUUAAAGACUGGAUCGACAAAUGA